AUGUCACGCUAUAAGCAUAUGUAUAUCGUAAAUAUACACAUAGCCGAAGGAUUUCACGAGGACUGCGAAGAUUUGAUACAACGUUGCCUCUGUUUAGGAACAUUAAAUUAUAUCACAUUUUGUAAUGUCUGGAAGGAACUGGGUUUUAGAUAUAUUUACCAAGGGAGAACAUUAGGUGCUGAAAUAGCUGAAUUAUCAGAAGAAUGUAUUGAAGUAGCUAAAAGGUUUAUGUUUGUUAAAACUGAAAACUUUAGGGAAUCAUUGGCUGGCCUUUAUCUAAUGUAUGCUUUGCUAACUCAGCAACCAUACCCUAAUUUUGCCUGGCUUCGUAUAACACCUGAUGAUGUUUCAACCAUUAAAGAACUUGAAGCAAAAGUGAGACAGCACAAACAGCCAGAUGCAUUAUAUAUUUUAGGAUGCAUUCUUACAAAAUAUACACAAUACCAUGCUGUAGAAAGAGAGAGGGGCUUUGAUCCACCUGUGAAGAAGUAUUUAGAUGGCUGUCUAAAUAUAAAUCAAAAUGGAAUAAAAGUAAAUGGAAUAUUUAAAAAGCAAAAUGAUGAACUGGAUAUGCUCAAAGAGUUGAGCACAAUUGCUAGAAGGUAUACACAAUGCAGAGAUGCUGUUAAUGGCAAGAAUAAGAAAUACGUAAAUGAGAACCUUCCAGUUAAGCUAUCUUCAUCUCUUAAAAGUGUUAUCAACGGAUAUGAGGUUAAAGAUAUUACAGAGACAGAAGCAAGGUCUAAUGUGGUUCAGUCAAUCAAACAAAAAGCUAUGACCAGCUCUGUAAACCCUCUCUCACAUUUAAUGACAGCAAGAGAUAAGAAAGAGAGAACCAGCUCAAAGAAGAAAGAAAGUGGAACCGUCCCAUCAACCAUUUCGAAAGCCUCGAGGCGAAAGGAAGCACAAACACUGAAAACGGCAGACUUUUUUACAACUACCCAGUUAGAUGAGGAAGAUAGCGACACAAACACAAAUGAUGAAGGAAUAGACAAGACAAUUCCUAAUAAGGUUCCAGUUAGCUCAGAUGACGAAUCUUCAGUAAAAAUACACAGUUUAAAACCAAUCAGAGCAUAUAAGAGGAAAACAAUCAACAGUUUAUCUCGCACUGGUGAUAAUGUUGUUGAAAAAAGUGAUAGUACAUCAGAUAGUGACAGUGAUGGUAAUCAAAAAGUAUAUAGGCAAGGUAAAAAUAUGAAAAUUAGCAAAUUAGAUGAUAGUAACAAGAGUAAAGCUAAUGUGGAAACAGUAACUAAUGCACCAUUUGAUAUAGUAAAUAAAACUGAUACUGAUGUAAAAGCAAUACAUGUCACAAAGGAAGUGUUACCAAUAGUCAUUCAGUCUGAUGAAGGGGAGAAAAAAUGUGAAAUUGAAAUUAUUGACUAUGCAAGUAAUAAGGAAGUACCUGUUAAGAAAAUUCUUAGUAAAAUUCUUGUUUGUGCCAAUGAUUCUUUGUCUGGUAAAAAUUCAAAGUAA